ACGACUUCCGCUUUCCUUCAAUUUACUUCCGAAGCGACUCAAGCUAUCAAGCGUUAGCUGAAAUUUCAUCGCAACCCGCGGACAGUUUUCAUGACCAGCCAUGGGGAAGUCAUUUGCCAACUUCAUGUGUAAAAAGGAUUUUCACCCUGCGUCCAAGUCUAAUAUCAAAAAGGUAUGGAUAGCAGAGCAGAAACUCACUUUCGAAAAGAGAAAGCAGGAAGACCUGAUGCAGGCCUAUCUGAAGGAGCAAGACACCUACAACAACAGGGUGUUGAUGGGGGAUGAUCGGGUUAAAAAUGGCCUCAAUUUCAUGUAUGAGGCUCCACCGGGAGCAUCUAAAGAGGAGAAAGCAGAGGAGGGAGAAGAAGAGUACAAGUUUGAAUGGCAGAAGGGAGCCCCCAGAGAAAAGUAUGCUAAAGAUGACAUGAACAUCAGAGAUCAGCCUUUUGGAAUCCAGGUGCGCAACGUGCGCUGCAUCAAAUGCCACAAGUGGGGCCACGUGAACACGGACCGAGAAUGCCCUCUGUUUGGACUGUCAGGCAUCAACGCCAGCGCCAUGGCGUCGGAGUAG